UCGAACUUCACAGAGCAAAAAGCAUUUUGCAAGAAAAAACUAUAAGAUUGCGUCAUAUGGAAGCAUCCCUGCGCCAUAUCUUGGGUCCUACAUCUGGUGCUGGUGGUGCAAGCUGCGACACCUUGAGUGAUAUAUCUUCCCAGAGUUCAGGACCAGCAAGCGAAAGUGGUCCAGGAACAGGGAGUGCAGGAAAAGGAUAUUCGCGACCAGUGCGCAUGCCAAGCGCUUUUAAUCCUGCUGAAGACCAUCAGGCACCCGAGCAAUAUCGGUACCGAUCCGGCCGCGAUAUGGUGCACCAUGGGCAGCAACCACAGCAACCCAUGCCAGUUUACCCUGCAGCCCCAAUGAUAUUAUGUCCAGGAUUAUAUGUACCCACUACUCCUCUUGGAAUACCGAGCAUUCAACAGCCCAACAUGAUGCAAACCAUGAUGCCAGAUGGAAUGCCUUAUCGUCGUCCUGGUACCUCAUUUAUACCCCAUGUGAACUCGUCACACGACUUGAUUAUGGAGAAUGAUAUUAAUUAUCAACAAAAUAAUGCCAAUUGGGAAGAAGGCCUGCAGUGGCUUAAGGAUUGGAUGAAUAGGAAGGAUUACGGAAACCUGCAUGAUGAACCAAACAUUCGAAUUGAACAAUUCUACCCGAAGAAAACUCUUGGAGGGCAUUUAAGGAAACAAUCUGUUUAAUUGCAGAUUUAAUGCUGUGCAAUUAAAACUUGUUAAAAAUAAGUAUACUAGUCAAGAAAAAGU